AUGUAUGGCGAGCUCAGCGCUGCCAAGAAAGGAACUCUUGGUCUUCUGGUUGCAAUAAGUGAGAACCUCUCCAGUAUAUUUCCUAGGUCGUGCAGGUGCUACCCCCGAGCAUCCCACCCCCGUCCCCCUGAGCUUCUGGCUCCACAUCAGACUUCUGGUUCCCUGAAUCUAGAGGGCAGUGCACUUUACAAGCUGAACAAGAUGACGGCCAUCUCUCCAGAUCCUCAGAUUCCAGCCUCUAGUGAACAACAAGAGGAGAUCCAAGAAACAGAUAAGAUUGGGGACGAAGAAGCUCCUUUAAGAAGAGACACUGCUAACCCAGAGUCUUUCAGACAGCGGUUCAGAUGGUUUUCUUACUCAGAAGUGGCUGGACCCAGAAAAACUCUAAACCAACUCUGGGAGCUCUGCACUCAAUGGCUGCGACCAGACAUCCGCACAAAAGAGCAAAUUUUAGAGCUUUUGGUGUUUGAGCAAUUCCUGGCCAUUUUGCCAGGGGAGAUGAGGAUUUGGGUAAAGUCUCAGCACCCUUACAAUAGCGAGGAGGUGGUGACCUUAAUAGAGGAUUUGACUCAAAUGCUUACAGUCAAGGAAGAGCCAAUAGCUCAAGAAUCUGAUAUUUCCCAAGAUGAAAACCUUGAAGGAAAUCAAAUGGAUUCUGUCCUUCCAAAUACUGACUCCCAGGAAUCCAUGGCUUUCAAGGAUGUGGCUGUGAACUUUUCCAGAGGCGAGUGGAGGAAACUGGAGCCUUUUCAAAAGGAACUUUACAAGGAAGUGUUACUAGAGAACUGUAGGACCCUCGAAUCUGUGGGCUUUCCAGUUUCCAAGUUAGAUUUGAUUUCCCAGCUGAAAUGCACUAAACUGCCAUGGCUACUGAACAAAGACAUCUCAGAAGAUUCACAACCCACUGACAAAAACAUCUCAGAAGACUCCAGACCUGGUGACACAAACAUCUCAGAAGAUUCCAGACCCAGUGACAAAAACAUCUCAGAAGACUCGAGAUCCGGUGACACAAACAUCUCAGAAGAUUCCAGACCCAGUGACAAAAACAUCUCAGAAGACUCCAGUCCUGGUGAUGAAAAUAUUUCAGAAGACUCCAGACCAGGUGACAUUAACAUAUCAGAAGACUCCAGAUGUGGUGACAAAAGCAUAUCAGAAGAUUUCAGACCUGUGUGUGACCCGAGAAGUAAUUUAGAAGAGGUUUCUCAAAGUGAGGAUGUUCUUUUGGAAGAAUUGACUCUAGAUAAUGUAAUAGAAAGAUGCCUAAAAGCUUAUGAUGAUGUUGUAAUGGGAAACUCCUCAAAACAUGACAACAGAUUAGAGGGAAAUGGUGGCAAUACGAAUUAUUCAAAAGCAGGAGUUACACAAAAGAAAACACAAAGGAGAGGCAAUAAGAGCAAGGAACUUGACUCAGGAAAAGGUCCCUUGGGGAAAAGUAACAAACGAACUUCAAUCAUACUUAAAUACCUGAGAGAACACUUAAGGAAGAAAUCUCAUAAAUGUAAUGACGGGAAGAAACCUUUCAGUUUUCAUUCUGACCUUGUUCUGAACCGCAAAGAACAUACUGGACAAAAAUCAUGGAAAUCUCAUGAAGGCAGGAAAGGCUUGAGUCACUUUUCAUCUCGUUCUGAACAUCAGAAGCAUCAGAAGAUUCCUUUGGGAUUUAAGAGGCAGAAGUGUAAUAACUGUGGAGUCAUCUUUACACAGAAACUAUCUCGUUCCCAGAAGAGACAUUGUUUUAGGUGUGAAAAAUGUUCCAGAUCUGUAGGUCAGGGGACUUCAACUGGAGAAAAAUCUUAUAAAUGUAGCAAAUGUGGAAAAACCUUUCACUACAAUGCCUCAUUGGCCAGACAGAAGAAAAGUCACAGUAAGGGAAAACCUGAUUUGUGCAACAAAUGUGCAAAAACAAUCAGUACUAGUUCAUCUCUCACUCCGAAAUCCACUCGCAGUAAAAAGAAACCCUACAAAUGUGACACGUGUGGAAAAUCUUUCCCCAUCAUCACCGACUUGGUGAAACAUACGAGAAUUCAUACUGGAGAAAAGCCCUAUAAGUGUAAGGAAUGUAGUAGGUCCUUUGCUGAUCUUUCUUCUUUUAACCAACACCAACGAAUUCAUACUGGAGAAAAGCCCUAUAAGUGUAAAGAUUGUGGGAAAACCUUCACCCAUAGCUCCUCCCUUUGCAAACAUCGAAGGAUUCACACUGGAGAGAAGCCCUAUAAGUGUAGUGAAUGUGGCAAAACCUUUAGACAGAAUUCUUGUCUUACCCGACAUCAGAGGAUUCACACUGGAGAAAAGCCAUAUUUGUGUGACUGUGGGAUGGCGUUCAGCCAUUAUUCAUCUGUAAUCUAUCAUCGGAGACUUCAUUCUGGAGAAAAACCUUACAAAUGCGAGCAGUGUAAUAAAGGCUUUGCUACCGUUUCCCUCCUUAGUCGCCACGAGAGAACUCAUUCUGGUGUAAGACCUUAUGAAUGCAAAGACUGUGGGAAAGUCUUCCGGCAGAGCUCCUCUCUCAAUGAACAUCUCCGAACACAUACUGGGGAGAAACCUUAUGAGUGUGACAGUUGUGGAUCAACCUUUACUAGGAGCACAAUCCUUGUAGAACACCUAAAAACUCAUGCUUAUAUAGAAUACAAGUGCAGUAAAUGCAAGAAGAUUUUUAAAAGUAGUUCAGGUCUUAUCAGACAUCAGACAAGAGGUUCAUGCUGCUGAGUAAUUUUGGAAUAUAAGAAGAUUUGCAUAUGGUGGAGAAGUGGAGGGGGCAAGUCUGACUAUUGCGAGCUUUUAUUGCCCUGUAAAUUUCAUAGACUCUAAAUUAACACAUUCAUGGUUGCAACUUUGAUGGCUGACAGCUAAGGGCAAUAGUCUUCCCCCCCUUCACCUCUCUUCUUUGCAAGGAUGUCACAUUUUUAAAGGCAGAUUGCAGUUAGGCUGGUAAAAUCAUGUGGAAAAUGAACAGAGUGGUAUGAGAUGUGACAUUGUUC